UUUGUUUGUUUUUUUUUUAGAUAAAUUAGGGUUUUAAAUUUUAUUUAGAUGUAAAAAAUUGCUAACCUUGUGAAUAAAUAGCAAUGGAAACUUAUUUAGCGACCACCUGAGGUUGACCACCAUUGCUGAAGGUUGUGCUUAUCUUUUCCCCAACAUGGGGCGGGGGGGAGACUUACUUUGUUUUAGGCCAUUUUGUCAUGUAUGAGCAUCUUUGUCUCACACUCCUGUCACAUACUGAGCAAGUCAUGAUCUCAUCAGCUGAGCAGUAGACACCACUGUAUCAAUUUCAGAAAUGGGUCAGAGGGUUUGCUUUAACUUCCGUCCUCUUCAUUGAUGGAGUUAUGUAUGGCUGGUGUAUAAUUACACAGAGACCCAAAGAUCUGUCAGAGUCGUUAAGAGAGGUUGAUUUGUCUUCGUUCUGCCUGACAACAGGAAGUACACAUUUUUUUCUUGCACAGGAUGUGGUAUCAGACAUGCAAGUGUAAGCGGAAGAGGGGAGGGCUGGGAGAGAGUGCACAUUAUCUUUUUUUUUGUCUAUUCUUUGAAAAGUUUGAACAGGUGCUUCAAAGAUUUAUGGUCUGAUUUUUAAUCUAAUACUCUAUUUACCGGUGUUUCUUUUCAUAAGCACAUUUGGAGAUGCUUUGAGAGAGGAAAAGAUGGAACUUGAAGAGACGGAGGUUGAUACAUCACCUUCCUGGUCUCCUGUAUCUAGAGACAGGCUCCUCACAUGCGCAAACCUGCCAGAUAUCGCAGGGAAGAAAAGAAAACAAGACCCAAGUAGUGAUGCUGAGAAUUCAGCCCGAAUCUUGGAGGACUGUGAAGACGAUGACUUUCCCAUCAAUGACCACAUACAAGAUUCUGAGGGUCCAUGUAACAAAAGAGUCAAACCAGUAGACAAAAGUGCUUCAGUCACUGGUAUCAUAACACCGGUGAAGACCCCUGCACUGAAACGCUUGGGCCAGUCCAUACAGCGUUCUAUCAGUUUCCGGACAGAGGCCCGUCCAUUGCCUCCAAUGCCAAUAAGAACACGUCAGAAGGCCUCUUCAUUUCCACGGCGGCGGAGCAGUCAGCUGUGGAGUGAUACAGUUGACAGUAUGAGCCACGAGCUCAGUACCAAAGAGAUCAAACGACAGGAGAUAAUCUAUGAGUUAACCCAGGGUGAGAAACAGCUCAUUGAGGAUCUAAGUCUAGUGAAAAAGGUGUACUAUGAACCAAUGCUGAAAUUAGACAUCAUGACAGAAAGUGAGCUGGGACAGAUAUUUGGAACCCUUGAUUCUUUAAUACCACUUCAUGAAGAUCUUUUAGCUCGUCUUGAAGGCCUUCGUGGAGCAGAGAAGACUGUGCAAGAGGUCGGCCCGACCAUGAUGGACUGGUUUCCAUGUCUGGAGGCGUAUAUCACAUACUGCUGUAACCAGGUUGGGGCAAAAGCUCUGCUCGAUCAAAAGAAACAGGACCGGCGGGUUGAGCAUUUCUUGCGGCUGUGCCAGGAGUCGUCCUUCAGCAGAAAGCUGGACUUGUGGAACUUUCUGGACUUGCCUCGCAGCAGGCUGGUGAAAUAUCCUCUGCUGUUAAAAGAGAUUCAGAAGAGCACUCCACCUGAGCAUCCGGACGAGGACGCGCUGCCAGAGGCAAUAGAACUAAUCCAAAAGAUUAUAACAGAAGUCAAUCUUAAAACUGGAGAGGCCGAGUGUCAGUUUUACAGACGGGGACUGUGCUACUCAGAAGACAGCCAGAGGGUUUCAGAAAUCCAGGCAUCUCGUUUUUUAUACUGCCAUGGUGAACUGAAGAGUACUAAAGGACAGAAGCUGCAUGUGUUCCUCUUUGAGCUGGUAUUGGUUUUGACCCGACCCCUGGCACAGGACAGGGAAGGACCAGCACAGUUCCAGGUGUAUCGUCAGCCCCUCCCAGCUGCUCACCUCCAUCUGGAAGACCUACCUGAUGGAGAGCCAAGCAGCUCUGGAUCCUUUCGUGGGGCUUUUACGGGCAAUGAUAAAGUGAAGAACUGUUUUCGUGUGAGCACCACAGGACGCACCAAGUCUCAAUCCCACAGCCUGCAGGCUAAUGACUCCUUCAAUAAGCAGCAGUGGAUUUCAUGUCUGCGCCAAGCAAUGGUCCAGUCACGGGACAGACAGGCUCAAACCAGCCACUGCAAACCGUCCGAGCGUUUAAGCCCUGACCCUGCCCUCUAUAACAACAUCGCUGAACUCAACCUUAACUCUGAUGUGGAGAUGCCAGACACAUAGACCAGGGCCACCGGUGCUAUCCAUUUCAACAGUUCUCUCACAAACACAGGAUUUCACUUUUAUUGUCAUCAUGACAGCCAAAUUUCUCAGGACAAAUGAGAUCACAGAGCUGCUGUCUCACAACCUGUCUAGAAACUGUGAGAACAUGGUCAUGUAGCUAUAUUCAUAAACUUAAGAUGUGGAUGUUUGCUGGUGUGAGAUGUCUCAUAAGGGAAGUAUUUUAUAUUAGAUUUGUGCUUCUUGCUUAACGGGUUAUAUUGGAAUUAUUAUUAUUAUUUUUACAUUGAGAAUAUUGUGUGAUAUUUGUUUGAUAUAUGGUCUAGGCUAUGGGACUGAACUCUCAGUUCCUCAUUCCUUUAAAUUGCGCACCAUUUCCAUCUUAUGUAGUUAAUAAACAAGAACAUUUGUUAAAUCUGAACGGUAACUAA